CGUGAAUUCAGUCAAACCUGCAAACCCCAACUUCCCAAAACAACUCUUCAAAUUCUUAUUCUCUCUCCUUCUCAUGAUUUGAUUUCCAAAAAUCAGUCAUUAAUUCUCUUUAAUAAUUUCCUUAAUUAUCUCUCUUAAAAAAAACUCUAAUUGACUGAAUUCUUCUCCUACACUUCUCUGCAAUUAUGAAAAAGUAUUGUUCAUCCUUGUUUUCCUCUCUAUCAAUUCAUUUUCUGAAAAUAUCCACCUAAAUUCAUGGUGUUCAACGGAUAAAUUUCAUAUAUUUAUAUAUGUAUCAAGAUUUAAGAUAUCUUAAAUAUCAAUAUCUACUUCGAAUUAUUUUCAAUUCAAAGAGCCCUUAAUUCCUUCAAUAACGUUAACGAUGCAGUUGGAAUUGAGGCUCUGAAUUAUAAGUCUAUAAUCAGUCACAACUCACAAGUCGCCGACACCGCUCUCCUCGUCUGAGAUAUCUAUGAAUCAACUUUGGUCUUUCCAAACCGGACCCUUCAAUAUUGUUUGGUGGAGACUCCUUCGAAAUUCAAAAUCUACAAAACCCGUAGGGGAAAACAUAUCCACGAUGCGGGAAUAACAACCCCCUACACUAGCAGAUGAUGGAUGAGUUUGAUGGUAGAUGGAUCGUUGACGGAUGGAGGCAGAUUACGCUCCACCCGAUCUACCUCUGAUCCAUUUCCACCCCUAAUCAGAGGGAAAUUACUCCAUACUCGAAGUUAAGUCACCUUAAGAACAAAGUAAGAGGUAAGUGUGGAUAUGAAGAUGCUAGGCUUACACUUGGACUAGAGAAAAUAUGGGGCCCAAAUUACUAGAUUGCCCAUUGUAUGGACGAGAAAUAGUGACAAGAGUCUAUGAAAAAUUUGAUUGGGUGGAUGAAGACAUCACUGACUGGCAGUGAGAUGUUAAAAAUCAGUUAGUGUUGGAUAAGAAGCUCCUGAAAAUUGACUUGUUGCAAUGCAAAGGGAACUCGAUUGUUCAACGGGGAAAACAAGAAGUGUGUUGAAGAGAGGAGUAAUCCUAAAGUCGUUGGAAAAGAAAUGAAAAAGGAGGGAAAUCAAUGAAGUUAGUUAAGUGGGACCCACGCGGAUGGGAAAUUGAAUGAUUUCCGUUAAGUAGUGGUAAAUGUAAAACGUUUGAUAAAAUUUGGGUGGUAAAUGUGAAAUUUCAACUUAUAAGGUUUAAUAAACAUGGUACUUAAUAGGUGGUAAAUAUUUAAAAAAAACCUCUAGAUAAGUGAAAACCAUGUGAAAUGAACGCACGCUCUCAUUCUCAUCAGCGCUAUUGUGACAAGUACGGUAGGCAUGCACAAAGUAAGGAUUUGAAAUUAAGAAAAUAAAAAGUUAAAGGUAUUGAUGGAAUUCUGAUCAUUAAGGGAAUUUUGUGACAUAUUACAAAACUUUAAUGCUAUGUUUGGGUACUAGAAUUUCAUUUAAAAUUCUGGAAUUGGGAAAAUCCUUUGUUUGGGAAUCAGAUAAUUUGAAAUUAUGCAAUUGGCCAUGUGCCGCAUGAAUAAGAUAACUAUUUUAAAGCAAGGAAUUAGCCCAAUUCCAAAGGUAUUCAUAAAAAGACCAAAAACAAGUAAUUGGAAAUGACAUAUUCUCGCCUAUCAUUUAAAAUUACUCAUGGAGCAGCAAUGAUCCUUCUUCACAAAACUAGCUUUUGGCCCGUUCUAUGCACGGGCUAUAUUUUAGGAAACUCAAUUUAAAAAAAUGGUAAAAUGACAUACCAAAACGAUAAAAGUAUAAAUGUAUAAUACUUCACUAAAAAAUUUCACUGAUAAUUUUGAUAGUAUGGAGACAAAUUAAAAUUUCCAAGAUAUAUUGGGUGGAAUGAUUACUUUUAUCUCCCACAAGACCACAAAUACAUUCUUAUUUUAGGAGUAUAGCUUUUAUUCAAAGGGUUUUUUUUAAAAAUGAGAAUAAGAGAAAUAUGCUAGCACGGAGUAACUAAGUUAAGCACAUGUAUUCUUUGGAUUAAACCAAAGAAAUCCACAAAUCUUUAAUAUGCUAAGAAAUUCACGAUUAUUGUUUGUUGGAUUAAAAAGCUAUGUCUCAAUUUCCAAGUAUACAUGAAGUUUCGCACCCUAUCCUUUGCAUCACACUCAACAAAACUACCAAAAAAGAAAAUGACCUAAGAAUUAAGAGUUGUUGAUCAAGCUAACCAGACGUGAUAUGUCAAAAUUCUGGAAAAUAUCAAAGAGUAAACCAUUUUCUAAAAACUCGAAAUUAUGCUUAUAGGUCGAGUUAGGGGUGUGGUAGUAGUAGAUGUCAAACAGAUUUCAAAACAAAAAUGCAUCCAUGUUGUCGGUUUUUUAAGUCGUUUGAAAAAUAACUUGAAAUAUGAUGAUGAUUGAGGCAAGUCAGGCAACGGAAUGCAAAGAAGAUGCACCAUUGAUUUAAAUGGGCUAAACAAAUGAAUAUAAUGAUAACAUUAUGUGAGGGGGUCGAAAAAGCACGAGGCUAAUGCGUGACCUCGUCCCUCGUGGGUGUGACGAUUCUUUUUAUUCAAUCAAGUGUAAUUGGAUUUCCUGUGAGUUUACACCCAAUUGACUAGUAAUAUAGGAGUCGCCAUUCAGUUUUUAAAAACAAUGAGAAAAGCUGACAAAACCCGAUUAUCGUGACAUAAAGGGAGUGCAAUUAUGUUUGACCACGACGGCCGUAGGUUCCCUUGUGAUCCCUGGUGUGGGGAUCUCUCAACAUACACCCGCAAGGUAGAGAUUGAGGGUUCGGGGGACUGUAACUACCGAGAGGAGUACUCGCUCGUCGAUAACUCCAGAGGCAGGAUAUCCUUACUAGCUCAGCAUAAAUAAUUGAAGGGACAUGCGUUAACUAUUAAACUAAUCUGAGUUGAUUUUAGCAAUAUGCAACAUAUAAUACUAGAUCGAUCGCGAUUAUCUGAUUUAAAUAGCAUUAAGGGACCUAGCAUGAUAAUCCAAUUUCCCUAAAAUAUUAUAUUUGUUAGGCGUGGUAGAACAAUCAGAUUUAGUUAGUUUAACAGUUAAUAAAAAGGGCGAGGAAAGCAAUUAAAUCAUAGAAAAGGGACACAUUACGACGCACCCUUGAGAGGUGCGUCACGGUUCUCAGAAAACUAACCACUUUGACUUUGCUAUUUCUCCUUUUUAUUUAAAGAAUCUCAAAUUAUGGGACAGGAUACGUUCUGUUCGGUUUAUGGAUCGAUUGCGACAGAACGCGUGAACAAUUUCGCAGCGUGAGGCUUAGGCUAGGGGUUGGAGUCAAUACCCAGAAUAUGAAUUGUGUGUUGUGAUUUCACGUCGAACUUGGGCUAUAUUUAUAGAAAAGAGUUUGUGGAAAGAUAGAUUUGCAGAGCUCUAAUCCACAAAGAAUUAGGAAAAAACACGUACCCAGGUAAUUCCAGCGCCCAGGCCUGGGCGCCGAAGAUUUCGGCGCCCAGAGCCAGGCGUUGAAAAUAGGGUAUGGGCUGUUUUCGUAGUCAGAUUCGGAUUCUUGAAAUCCGUAGUGUUUGAGACUUAAUCGAGUCUUUUAGUGCGUAUCAAUUUCAUGACGGAAUGCGUCUGGGCCCGUUACGAACUCUAGGCUUGUUAGGAUUUUAAUUAAUACGUAACUCUUAUUUCCGAAUCAUAUUAGGAAUAGGAUUCUCGCAGUUUUCUAUCUCAUUUAGGAUUUAUGUUGGAGUGUAACACCUAAUUCUGAAAGGUUUCUAUCUUUUAUGACUUGCCACUUUUAGAAGCUACCCUUUACGGCAGUUACUAUUUUUAGCAGGUUUCCAUAAAUAGCAGGUUUCUAUAAAUAGCAGGUUUCAGGUGAAACGAGAAGGGUGAUUGAGAUUCGUUAUUUUAUAGGAGAUGCGUUGUCAAGUGGAGAUUUAUGUUUUCAUCAUCGAACCUUCCCUUUCGGGAAUGGGGACAAAAGUAGGUGUCUACAGUUAGCCCCCACUUUGACUGAGUCUUGGAGUAAGACGAUGGUCAAAGUAUUAGACGGAGUGCGUCACACAAGCCAUGGUGACCUGUUUUUUGCGAGGGUCUCACGAGCCCCCGAGUGAUAACAUUUGACUUAAGGGUCAUCACUUUGAAGUGUCGACAUAUCCCUCACGUGUCAUUGGGAUUUGUCAACUGAUAGUAUAGAAACUCCCUCACUUUGUCAAUGGGAGUAGCUACAGAUGUUUUCGAAAUCAAAGUUGUAAAGUGUAAUUGGGCCUGGCCAAGCCCAAUCACGAGGUAAAAAUGUUUUUAAAGAUUCUUAUUUUUAGGGUUAGCUAAACGAGAAAACCCCCUUGUUUUUAUGGGACGUAAAACGAAGGAAAAUCCAGCACAUCUUUAUCUUUUUUUGGAAAAAACGGAAAACCAAUCUUUGAAUUUUUUGUGGAAAAAGGAAAGCUACUCACAUCGUUCUUUUUUGGAAAAAACGGAAAACCAAAAGCUACUCACAUCGUUUUUAGGAAAAACGGAAAACCAAAAGCUAAUCACGUCGUUUUUGGGAAAAAAACGGAAAACCAUACAGAGUUAUCGCUGCAGCGACUAAGGACGUGCGCGGUUAGUGACGCAGACCCCGCCGGCUAAAGAUGGCGAGCCUGUCCGCUAAGGGUGGACACCCCGUCCUAUAGAAGUGGACGAAUCUGUUUUGAAAUUUGUUUGUGUUUAUUUUUUGAAAAUAAGGACCUACGUGGUUGGCGCCGUAGACCCCACUUGCUGAAGAUGGCGAGCCUAUUUCAUUUUGUUUUUGAAGAUUCUAUUUUUCGAAAACUGAGGACCUGCGCGGCUAGUGACGCAGACCCCGCCCGCUGAGGGUGGGCGAGCCCAUUUUGAAUUUCUUAUUUUGCCUAUGUAGAAGGGCUUUUGUGAUUACAACCUGUUGGUGGGUCGCAAUAUUUCCUGAUCAGGUGUGUCCUUUAAGUGGGUCUACACUGUGUAUAUUUUUAACGAUAUUGCAAAAUACCGUUCUUGGGAAAGAAAUAUCAAGAUAACAGAUAUUUUACACAAAAUAGGGGAUUGCGCGUGCCCGACAGCGAAUAUUCGCUGUCUGGGAAGCAUUUUCAGCGCCCAGCUCUGGGCGCGAGAAUUUCUAACGCCCAGAGCUGGGCGUUGAAAAUGCGAAGGGGAGACGGGUCUUUAAUUCGCGGACCGUCUCCUUCCUUUCCCAUUUCCACCAUUUUCGCUCAAGCUCCUCACCUCUUUCAACUGAUUUCUUGCUCGUUUCUUCACUUUUCUUUACGAAUUCUACUCCAAAUCACUUCCUAAUCUUCCCAAUGUAAGUAAUUUUCAGUAAUUUUGAGCUUUUUUGUCAAUUUCAGUAUUUUUGUCAAGUAUUUUUAUGCAUGAAAUUGAUUUGGAAGUUUUUGAUUUUAUGCCCCUUUCCUUCAAUUAGAUAGUUGGAAAUGUUCCACAUAACAUGUUAAUUAGUUUGUGCAUGUUAAUUUUCGCAAGUAUGUUGAUUCUUGUUGAAUUUGGGCAUUUUUAUGCUAGCCCCCGAGUAUACCUACGACUCUAGUGUUUUCUUACAAUGUAGGUGUUUUUGGUAUAUUGCUUGCGUUCCUCAUAAUUCAUGAAUGACAAAUUAUGGAAGAAUUUUCAUUUUGUUGGAGUUAAUUAAAAAAAUUUCACUUAGGGAAUUUUUUGCUCAAUAUGAACUUAGUAUCAUGUCUUAGGGAACAAAAAUUGUAUGACUCCAUUUUAUGAGUGGAAUGCACUCCUUUAGUGAUUGGUGUGAGUGCCAGUUUUGUUAAAGGUAAAAUGCCUUAUUGUAUUAUUGAUCAGCAUGCCUGACGAGUCGUCACCUCCUUCUGGUGGCCACGAGGAGCGUGGCAUGACGCGUCAGUCUACUGGCGCGGGUCCCCUAUGGGUGGGUCCUGAGCUCUACGACGGUCGUGAUCUGCACUACGACCUAGAGCACCACGUGACUUCCCGCCUUCACGCGAGGAGAGAGACUACGGUUCGCGGCUACGGCACAGCGACGAGUGAGACCGUUUUUAGUUUCCUGAGCUCGGACGCCCAGGCUUUGGUGAGGGCGAGCUCACUGUUUCCGGUGGUCGAGACCUUCUGGGAGAUACUGCGGCUUAACAUCUCCCUGUCCUUUCUGCGGUCGUUCAUGAGGUGGUGGUGGGAUACCACCAACACCUUCCAUUUUCCUUGGGGUGAGAUGACGAUCACUCCCGAGGACUACACGGCUUUGACGGGCUUGACCUUUACAGGGAACCCCGUUCGUCUGAGGUCGGAUGGCCCACCGCCGACUGUUGCUUAGGGUACCAGGCUCCUGGGCUCGUGGAUGGGCAUGAGAUUGCCUUCGUACCAGCCCCGUGGGAUACCUUUCGCUGACCUGAUGUGGGCCUUGGAGCAUGGGGUAGAGGAGUCGUCUUCGAGACAGGCUCGGCUGUUCUACCUCCAUUUUAUUACUUCCACUUUUCUAUCGGGUCCGACUGACACCUUUGACCCGAGGUGGAUAGGCAUGGUGGAGGACAUGUCUACACUGGGUGACUAUUGCUGGGGCGAUUUGGGCUAUGCGACGCUCGUCGGCCAGAUGAGUUUGGCGGUGCGCGACUCGGACCCGAGUAGACGUCACUUUGUCAUUACAUUAGCGGGAGUGCCGCGUUUGAUCGAGCUGUGGGCCUUUGAGCACUUACCUUGGCUGGCUCCCCGAAAGGGGCAAAGGCCUUUGGAGUACCCUGCCGGUCGUCGUUGGGGUUGGAAGAAGAAGCUGACAGUGCGUCCACCGCCCGAUACCGUGUGGGAUCUCAUUUGGGACGGGAACCCUGAGCUUGUGGUUUGGACCCCAUGGCUCUCUUUUAGGGGUACUUAUGCUUCGGUCAGGGAUAGUUAUGCCCUGAGCCAGAUGCGGGUCUUGUUCGUUGGCCGCCGGGACCCUGUCUGGUACCUGGGAGAGCGGGUACGUAUGCAGACGGUCGGGGCUUUUUCGGUGCCUAGGCCUCCGCCUGCGACCAUGCUGUCUACUCGUUCGAUAGGCAAGUCGUGGAGGGUCCACUCGAGGACUGGCGUGCCGGCGACGGAGUUGGUGAUAGAGGGAGCUAGCUAUUAUCAGUUUAUCCAGGAUUCUCUUCGUCUCCCGGAGCCUGGCGCUGAGUGUCCUGACCCUUCGUUGGGGGGAUGGGUGCUUCCCGAUGCUCGGAUCUCGUAUACCGGAGAGAGUGGAUCCGAGAUUGUGGAGACUUUCCCGGAAGACCGGGUUUUCCAUGCUCCGCUCCCUGAGGGAGUACAGGCGGUUCCGGCCCGUACGGCCAACGCGAUGGUGGGGGUGAUCAACCGAUUGAAGUCCGCGUUGGUUCGGGCCCGAUCUGCACUUUCUUGCAGGAGCCCCCACUCUACUCGGACGGGUGCUGGACGAGCCGGGGCCGAUGACGCGGGUCCCUCGGGCGGGGGACACGGUCGUGAGAGAGAGAGGGCACGGCACUCGCCCCUACGGCAUCGCCGUUCCGACGCGGGGGUGAGUUCUUCCGGGGAGAGGUCCGAGCCGGAGCGUAGGCGACGUUCCGUGUCGGUGGCCCGAGAGCCUAGCCCCGAGUUGCAGUCACAUCCUCAUUUUUGGGGUGAUUCUGGCUGGGGGUCCUCAUACCACGGGGAGUGGAGUGGAUGGACCGGCGAGGCUUGGAGACAUGAAGCCGAUGACGAGUCUUAGGCUUACCUCCUGUUUUGUAUAUAUUCAUUCUUGUAUUCCGCAUGUAUAUAUAUUUCUUUGCGAUUUUUUUGGUGCAAGAAUGUUUUGAGCCUUCCAUGGGCUUUGCUUUAACAUAUUAUAGUAAUAUUAGCUUUCUAAACCAACGAAGAAUUUUGAAAAGAGAAAGAAUUCCGUAAAAAUAAUGAGUUCAUACAAGAGUGCACACAUAUUUUUAGA